CCCGCCUCUCUGUACAGCCGGCUUUAGCACCAGCGGCUCGGGGCCGGAGUUCAGCCCAGGCAUACCCCGGGGAGGGUUCCCCACCCGGGGCUGCUGUUUGCCAGGACAGUGCCGGAGCCUCCGCCUGUGGAGCACGGCCGGGAGGCACAGCCCCCGGAACCCCGAGGCCUGGGCUAGAUCUGCCUUCUGGAGACUGCAUCCAUCCUCGGGGAGGAGCCCAGAAAGAAGAUAUGGCUAUGGGACCGAGGGAAGCAAGGUCACGAGUGUCGGUGACCUUCGAGGAUGUGGCUGUGCUCUUUACGCGGGAUGAGUGGAGGAAGCUGGGUCCUUCUCAGAGAAAUGUGUACCAGGAAGUGAUGCUGGAGAACUACACUAACCUGGUCUCACUGGGACUCCUGUUUUCCAAACCAAAAGUGAUCUCCCUGUUGCAGCAAGGAGAAGAUCCCUGGAAGGUAGAGAAAGAAAGUCCUGGAGGCCCCUCUCUAGGAUAUAAGAGCACUCCUAAAACUACAAAGUCAACUCAAACCCAAGAUUCAUCAUUUCAGGGUCUAAGAAGGAAAAGACUCAAAAGGGAUGAACCCUGGAAUUUCAUAUCAGAAAAACCCUGCAUAUAUGAAGACAGAUUAAAGAGACAAAAGGACAAAAAUGAAAGUUUACAAAUAAUUUCAAUCACCCAUACAAAAAUCCUCACUGUAGAAAGAAGCCAUAAAAAUAUCGACUUUGGCCAGAAUUUCAGCCUAAAAUCAGUCUUUGUUAAGCAACAGAGGGUUGCUAGAGAAAAAACACCCUCAAAAUAUGAAAUACAAAGAAAUAGUUUCAAGCAGAAUUCAAACUUACUUAACCAACCAAAAAUCAAAACAGCAGAGAAGCGGUAUAAAUGUAAUAUAUGUGAAAAAGCCUUCAUUCACAAUUCUUCCCUUCGUAAACAUCAGAAAAACCACACUGGAGAGAAAUUAUUUAAAUGUAAAGAAUGUUUGAAAGCUUUCAGCCAAAGUUCAGCUCUUAUUCAGCAUCAAAGAACUCAUACUGGAGAGAAACCCUACAUCUGUAAAGAAUGUGGGAAAGCUUUCAGCCACAGUGCAUCCCUUUGUAAACACCUAAGAAUCCACACUGUGGAGAAAUCCUAUAGAUGUAAAGAAUGUGGUAAAUCCUUCAGCAAAAGGUCUGGCCUUUUUAUACAUCAAAAAAUCCACACUCGAGAAAAUCCCCAUAGAUAUAAUCCAGGCAGGAAAGCGUCCAGCACAUCCCUUCCUGGAUGUCAGAGAAUUCAUCUCAGAAAGAAGUCUUAUUUAUGUAAUGAAUGUGGCAAUACCUUUAAGUCUAGCUCAUCCCUUCGUUAUCAUCAGAGGAUUCACACAGGAGAGAAACCUUUUAAGUGCAGCGAAUGUGGGAGAGCCUUCAGUCAGAGCGCGUCUCUUAUCCAGCACGAACGGAUUCACACUGGAGAAAAGCCCUAUCGAUGUAAUGAAUGUGGUAAAGGCUUUACUUCUAUUUCACGACUUAACAGACACCGGAUAAUUCAUACUGGUGAGAAACUAUAUAAUUGUAAUGAAUGUGGUAAAGCUUUAAGUUCCCACUCAACACUUAUCAUUCAUGAAAGAAUUCACACUGGAGAGAAACCGUGUAAGUGUAAAGUGUGUGGGAAAGCCUUCCGACAGAGUUCAGCUCUCAUUCAACAUCAGAGGAUGCAUACCGGAGAAAGACCCUACAAAUGCAACGAGUGUGGGAAAACAUUCAGGUGCAACUCAUCCCUUAGUAAUCAUCAGAGAAUUCACACAGGAGAGAAACCAUAUCGAUGUCUGGAAUGUGGGAUAUCUUUUGGCCAAAGUGCAGCUCUUAUUCAACAUCAAAGGAUUCAUACAGGAGAAAAACCCUUUGAAUGUAACACAUGUGGGAAAACUUUUAGACAAAGCUCAUCGCUCAUUGCACAUCAAAGAAUUCAUACCGGAGAGAAACCAUAUGAAUGUAAUGCAUGUGGGAAACUAUUCAGCCAGAGGUCAUCCCUUACUAAUCAUUACAAAAUCCACAUCGAAGAGGACUCCUUGAAAGUAGAUUUGCAUGUGUGAAAGCCUUAAACCAAAGCUCAGCAGAGUAUACAUACUUGAGAUUGAUUUAAUAAAUGUCAUGAACAUGAGAAAA